CGCAUGCCUCCCCGCCUCGUCCUCCCCGCCCGUCCUUUCCUCCUCACACAUGCGCAGCCGCGCCUCCACUUCUCCUCCACACUUCACGGCUCCUUCACUCCUCCCCCUUCCCUCUCCUCCCUCUCCUCCCCUUCCCCUCUCCGGCGUCGGCAGCGAGCGGCGGCAGCGCCCUCCCCUUCCUCUCUUCCUCCCCUUUCCCUCUCUGUCGGCGGCGUCAGCAGGCGGCGACGGGCGGCGAGCGGCAGGCGGCGGCCGGCGGGAGGCGGCCCCUCUCCGUCGGCGGCGUCAGCAGUGGGCUGCAGCAGGCGCCGACGAGCGGGAGACGGCCGGGUCGCCGUUGGCAUCCUUGUCCUCGGCGAGAGGGAGGAGCUAGCGCUGGGCUCGAGCCGAUUACGGUGCAGACAAACAGAGCCGCGGCGAGCGCGGCCACCAUGAGCUCUCCUUUCUUUGUUCUUCUCUUCUGAAUGCGUGUAGUGUUCAUGCACAUAAUUAAUCUUCUCUUUGAAGAAGUGUAGCUGUGAAUUAGUCAUGUUUUUGCAAGUAAGAACAGGAGUUGUGCACAACAAUGAGUUGUGGAUGAUUUUGUUGUUGGUUUUGUUCAUUUGAUUUGUGAUAUAGAAUUGUUGUUGAGUAGGUUCGUUUGAUGUGUGGAUUUAGGCAAUAUGCAAACAGCAAAAAAACAACGAAAAAAAUUUAAUCCUGGUUGGUAACACCAACCGGCCACCAUCUUUAGUCCCGUACUAAAGAUUUUUAAGGUCCUGGUUUGCAACCGAAACUAAAGCGGUUGAAAACAGGGAUUAAAGAUGGAUUCCCUAAUAGGUAUACAGCACUUGUGCUCCGAUCUCCUGGAAAUAAACAAGGCCUCAGAGCAAGACUUCCGAAGGAAUUUGUAUCUAAGCUACCUGUCGUUUGUUAGAAUGUCGGAAGAAGGUGGCGGUGAUUUGGAUGUGAUGAGUGAUCUGAAGCAGCAAGGCAUGGUGCAGAGGAGGGUCAUCCAAGAUGUGAGGAACAGCCUGUACUACUCGUCCGCAAUGUCAAUGGUGCUAGAGACUAAUGGCGGAGGAGACAUGGUGGCGGAGGCGGAGAUGAAUAAUGGUGGAGGUGGCGCACCAUCGUCAGUGCUGGAUGAGCUCCUGUGGGAGAAUCGGAUGGAGCAGGCCGUGGAGCAGUUGAUGCAGGAACAGGAGAGUGGCGUUCUGGCCCUGUCGCUGUCGGCGAGGAAGGCGAUGGUCGCCGACCGCCUCGCGUCCGUGGCGGAGCACCCGCGGACACCGCGGCCGGAGCUCCUCCGGGCGGUGGCGGGGCUCUGCAGGCUCGGCGAGGCGCGGCGAGCGAACCACCUGCUCUUGGGGUACUACCGGCGAAGCGUCCUCCGCGGCGUGGACGAGCUGAGGCAGAAGCAGAAGCAGCGGAACAACAACAUCAUCAUCAUCAAGGAGCUGGUGCGCACGGUGCUGUCCACCAUCGUUGAAGCGUCGAGAAGCGUGGUGUCGUCGGAGGCGGCGGAGGCGAGGCGGUGGGCGAGGGAGGAGAUGGACGGUCUGGGCGUGGCGUUCCGAGAGUUGGUGCACAUGGCAGCAGCUGAUGGCAAGCUGUCUCUGCUACUGGAAGCUGCAAGAUGCGCCCUCUCCUACGGCCCUCUGCUGCUCCUGCUUGAUGAGGAGUUGGCCGAAUAUCUGAGGGAGCUGCUCGCCCGGUGCAUGGAGGAGGCGCUGGCCAUGUACGCCGCCCAUCUCAGGCAGGUCCUCCGCCUGCUAGUGCUGCCCGUUCCCGACAACGACGACGACGACGACGACGAGGGCGCCUCCUCCUCCAUGUUGCUGGGGCGCUUCCUCCUCUCGGGGGUGCUGAGAACGUCGACGACAAAACACAACUGCUGGUGCCUGCUCACCACGAGCGGGAGGAAGCUGGUUACCCUCAUGCAGGAAGUGGCGGAUGACGUCUCGCCGCUGCUGGAGCUGGAUCUCGCUCUCGGAUCCACGCUGCUCCACCUUCUCGCGGAUCUCUUACGAGACUACAUGCUCAUGCAACUUGGAGCAACCGCCGCUGCCGAUGACAUGAUGAUGGUCUCCCUCCUAAUCAACUGCACCACGCUGCUGUCCCUCUUCCCGCUCAUCGCGCGCCGUAUCUUCACAACUACAUCAUCUCAACAACCAGCUGAUUUUCAUCAUGCCACUAAUAAUAAGGGGGAGCUCCACCUCCACGGCCUCAUCGUGUCCAUCAAAGAAGCCGCCGCCCAAGUAUGGACAUGCUUCUGCCACCACUUCAUACGCCACACCAUCAUGUCAACCACCCUACACCACAAAACACACAGCAGCAGCAGCAUCAGGCACGGCGCCAAUAUGCCUUCCUCUGCUUUUCAGGUGUUGUUCCUACGGGUGAGGCAGCUGAAUAGUCUAUACGGUGCCAUCUUAACCGGUGAGGAUGGCACCAUGAAGAAGCUGUUGCAAGAGUUGAUGGAGGCUAUCAUACUCUUCUACCUCUCUGAUGAGGACCUACAUGACUCUUGGAUCAUCCGUCAAGCAUCCCAUGCUGUCCCAAUACAGGACACGCUCCUUCUCCAGAUCCAGCUAGACGUUCAUUUUCUACUACAAGUUGCACAGUUUGGUGGCUUCUCCUCCGACGAUUUCAGGGACAAUGCACUGGAUUCGCUCAGGAAAGCACAAGCGAAGGUCGUGCCAUUAUCAUCAUUUUUGGAGCAGCAGCAGCACGAGGAGUGGGCUGCCGAUGCUGCAAGGCACGCAAUGCAAGUGCUGAUGAUGGGGUCUCAGGCUGAUGAGGAGAACAGCACCGACUCAGUGCAGAAAGACGAAUUAGCAGCUGAUGAUGGUGAUGAGAUGCAGCCGGAUGCUUGGGUCGGAGCUUGCACUUGUAGCGAUGGCAAGUCCAGCGAUGAGUUCGUCAGCAUUGAGGAUGAUCAACUAGCCAUUCACUCGGAGAAUGAGGCCGGAGCUGCUGCUGCUGCACAACAAGUCACCAUCGAAGAAGCAACAAGUGCACAGGCCAAGGAAGAGAAAAACAGCAGUUGCUCGUUGCAGGAUCGAUGACGGUAAAUCGUGACUACUGAGUGCUGGUUGGGAAAUUCGGCGCCCAUGAGGGUUUUCCAAUCAGCACCUAUGGUGGUUCUAUGGUUGUUUCUGUAGUAGUGUAAGCAACACUAAGAUAGCAGUGAGCCAGAAAUUAACUAAGCUAAGCACGUACGUACGUACGUCGGUACGUGUAUGGUGUACACCACUAUUAUAUGCAUUCGAUCAGAAAUUAAUUCUACUGCUCCAUCA